UCCUAUUCCUAUACCAUGGUAGCGGCAAUGGUAGCGGCAAGCAGCUGAUCAUACUUCCUGCUUUGACAUUUGAUUUAAAAUACGAAAAUAAUGGAUGAAAGAUUGGCCAACAGAUUAUUCGAGGAAGGUGCCUUUUUGUUUCUCCUUGAUGUACCAAUAGGGACUGAAGUGGGGAUAGAUUUUAACUGUUGGAGAACUGCAGAGAAAUUUAAAGGUAUCAAAAUGAUACCACCUGGAGUUCACUAUGUUUAUUACAGUGCUGUAGACAAGCAAGGUUGUGUUGCACCAAGAACAGGUUUUUUUUACAAUUUCAAUAAGAAGGAUGUUGUUGUCCGAAGAUGGAAUCCUGAAACAGAAGAAGUUAUCAAUAACUGCAGUCAUGAAGAAACUGAUGUUUUAAAGAAAAAUCUACAAAAUUUGGAUAAACACUUGGGACCAUACCCCUUUGAAAUGUGGAAAAAAUGGCUAUCACUCAGUAGUAGAAUAACAACUGCUGUUAUUAGAAAAAUUGAAUCUGCUCCCCAGAAGGUUCCAGCUGUUGCUGAAUUAGUUGAAACACCUGUUGUAAACACAGGAUUGCCUGUAAAAGAAAACAUUUUAAAUUCUGAUGACCAAUUAUUAGCACCUAGGCAGGAAAAUCCAUUGAUGGCAUUAAACUUCACAGAAAUUCCUAAAAAUUCCUUUCCAAAAGGGUCUAGUGCUGGGGACAUUACAAAGUAUAGCAUGGACACAUCUUUUGUACUGCAGCAAAUGCUUUCAUUGUGGGAGAGUCCAUCUGAAUUGCUUGCAGAACUUCAAAUGGUGUUUCUGUACUUUGUAAUUGGUCAGGUGUACAGCGCUUUUGAACAUUGGAAGCAUUUAACUCAUAUUUUUUGUUCUGCUGAUGAAAUGGUUUCAAAAAACCCAUCCCUAAUCAUGGAGUUUAUUGGAGAUUUAUAUUUCCAGAUGCAAGAAGUACCUACUGAUUUUUUUGUAGACAUAAUCUCAUCAGAGAACUUUCUGGUUAAAACCUUGAGGGUUUUAUUUGCCAACAUCUUGGAAAACUCUGAAGUAGAUCCUCAACUUAAAAGGAGAAUGAUACAAUUCAAACAAUUUGUAACUCAGAGAUUCCAAUGGGAUUUUGAUGCUGAGCCAGAGGACGAAGCUCCAAUGAUUGUUGAAAUGAUUGAAAACCAUAUGUAAUGAGUAUGUAACUGUUUAAUUGAUCCAUACAUUGCUUAUCAAUACAGAACGAAAUACCUGCA